CGGGAUAAAAUAAAUCUUCUCCGGAUUUUCAAUCGCCAUUCCGGAAAAUCUUAUUUUAUACUUGAACGACGCGUUCAUCUAAACGCUUAUUUAAACGUGAUUUUUAAUGAACGUGACAUGGUGAUAGAAACACUGUGUUAGAAACGGGUGAACAAACUUGGGGAGUUUCACAAAAUACGCGCGGGCUGCCUUUAAAACAAAAGAAGAUGUUGAUCAUGCUGUAGGCGUGAUAUGCUGACAUAAUGGCGAUUCCAUAGAGAUGUGCAGUAUUAUUUCCAUCCAGUCAAGCAUGCAGAUAAAUGAAAUAGUGAUAAUCUCUUGCUGAAAAACAGAGCAGUGGAUCACCAUGAAAACGAUCAAAAGAGUAUCAUCUCACUACGACUUUAGAAGGCUGAUGAAUCCAAGAGCAAAGAAAGGGGAGGCAUAUAAACCUACCGAUGUUGAGCACAUGGCAAACAUAAUUACACAUGGGGGCUGCAUUCCUCUCAGUGUUCUAGCCAUGCUGUGGAUGCUGUACAUCUCUCAGACUCGGCUCCAGUUUGUGAUUGCAUUGGUGUAUGGAUGGGCGCUAAUUGCACUAUUUUCUGUUUCUUGUACAUUUCACUCCCUGGCUUUCUGCGGAAAAUUUCAACGGUUGAAGAAUUUUUUCCAUAUUGCUGACAGAGCUGUAAUUUACAUAUUCAUAGCCUCCUCCUACUCACCUUGGUUAACAUUGCGAGAUUUUAGUGGAAUUGAAGAUGAAAUGAUGUGGCUGAUUUGGAUUAUGGCUGUGAUUGGAAUUGUUUAUUCAUACACUUUUCAUGAAAAGUACAAGAUACUGGAGAUCAUUCUCUAUCUUAUUAUUGGCGUGUGUCCAGCUGCUGUUGCUUUUAUGAUGAGAGAACCUUCAGGAAUAUAUGAGCUGUUUUUGGGAGGACUGUCUUUUAUUACUGGUGUUGUCUUCUUCAAGAGUGAUGGCGUCAUUCCCUUUGCUCAUGCCAUCUGGCACCUCUUUGUCCUGGUUGGCACAAUGUUCCAUUUUUAUGCCAUUAAUUUAUACUUAUUAGGCCAAGAAGUUGAUGAAAUCAUGAUGACAAAAUAAGCAAUGUGUUUACAGGGUACUAUACAAUGUUUAUACAUGUAGGACAUCAAGGUCCUCAGUCUGUGAUUUUUUCCCCUUAUUUACUUUAUAUAAGUUGAUUUUCCCUUCUUACCUCAGUUAUGUUACAUGUAGAUGUUUAUUAUACAUUUAGUAAGGACUGAGUUUUCUUUGUUGUAUUAGUGACAUGAAUCAUAACAUUUUAGAUGUACAGAACCUAAAUCAUUGCCAUGGUUACCUGUUAUUUAUUAUCAGGUUGUUUUACUUAAUGACCAUUAACAUCGCACACAUUAUAAACAUUACAGAGCAGGCUGAUUUUCCUAGUCAAAUUGAAAAAGAAUGGCUGGUUUUCAACAAAAUGGGUACUUUAUACAGGGUUAUUUUUGCCCUUUGUAAUAUUUAUUAAUUAAAAUUAGAACUUCCAUCCGCUCCCCGGUUUUCUAUAUGUCGCGACAUAUAGAAAACCUGGGAGUGGAUGGCAAGAUGGAUGGAAGCGGAUGGCAAGGAACAUAAAUUACGGUAAAGAUCUGGCAAUUAAUAAUUAUCAGGAAAUUUUCAGGCAUUUAAAAAUUAUUAUUUGGUUUACAGUACCAGGACUUUUGAGUUUGUCAUCUUUAAAGAUAUUUUCUCUUUUUUCCUUAGUGUCAACCUUACAUAAUGUACCGGUAAAUAAAUUGUGAGUUUUUGUUAAGGGUAUAAAAGCUUAAUAGACAUUAUAUAAUGAAUAAUUAACAGGUGCUACAUUUAGUAAAAUGGAUGUAGGAAAACUUACAGUCUGAUUAAAACCACCCCUUCUCCUAACAAUGGUCAUGGGCCUUGAUGAGUGUAAGGAGAAGCAGAAUGGUUUGAAUCAGACUGGAAAACUUUUUGUUUUUUUGUACUUAGAAUUCAACAAAGGUUCUUACUCUGUCACAAUCUUUUCUAGAAUGUCUGUAAAAAAUAUUUGAAUAUAAUUAAAUGAACGUACUUUUACAAAGAGCAAAGACUGACAAAGCUCGUAUUUUGUUUAUGUUUAUUUUAAUGAAUGGCAUGUUGUCAAUAUAUUUUUCUAUCAUAUCAGAGUUAUUUUUUUGAACAAAGUACAUUUAUUUACUUAAAUGUUUAUGUAUUUGUUACUUUUAGAAAAUAAAGUUUCUGUGAAGCGGUAUUUUUUUUAAUACUCUGUAUUUUAUAUACUACAGUAUUCAUUUUUUAUCCCAUUGUAAGUUCAUCUUAGAUUAAGUUGGUCUCUGUUCUCAGUUAGCUCCCUUUAUGUCACAGCAUGAUAAACUGCAAACCAACUUUUAUUCGCGAUAACUUUAUUUCAUGAUUUAAAAGAAAACUUGUUCAUGGCAACUUAUUUUCGCGACAAAGCCUUAUCAACAUCCAUUUGGUCAAUUAACCAUACAACAAUACUUGGUUUGCGGCAAGAAAUAUUUGCAAUGAUGAGGCUCUCGUGAAUCUCGCAAAAGUUUACGAAUAAAAGUUACUACAUUAAGGUAUAUUUGAAUAAAAAGUAAUUUCCUUUAUGUUGUUUUGAUGAAAUUUUGUUUUUAUUACUGUUUAUAAUCCGUUUUUUUUCUCUCAUGAAAGUCUGUCUCAAAUUAAUGCAUGUUUCUAUAGAAAAACAACGUUCAAUGUAUUAUGUAAGUUACGUGUAUUGCUGAUUUUUAUAGGUAUGUGUUUUUCUUAAACUUUGAUUUCAAUUAGUUCUGUUCUUCUUGACAAGUGAGUCAACUGUUAAAAACAUUACAUUUUUUUCACAUUCCUGUACGUGCUCAUUCAUCUUUCAGCAGACUGAAUUGUCAACAGAGUAAGUAACAUCAAAUCUGCCUUAAAAUUUUAAAUUACCAGUAUAUUUUUAAUGUACAUAUAUAUCCAUGUACUAUUAUUAGUGAACGUUCCUAUUUCUUCAAACAAGCUCUCCUAUAUAUAGUAAAAAAAAAAUAGCCAUGACCAUCUGCACUUUUAAGGUUUCAUUUUCCUAUGAAAUGUAGUCAUAUAUUUUUUUAAAAGAGAGUGUCUUUAUACAUUCAUAUUAAUUAAAACCUGCAGCUGACAGUGAAGUCGAGCUGGAUCUGUAUAUUUGUAUCUUAUCAGGUGUAACAGGAAUAUGUAGGUGAAAGGAGAUAUGGCAGUGAUAUUUGUUUAACAGAUUCUUGCCUCUGUUUUGAUACAUGCGUCUCUCGUUAUUGUACAUUGCAUUUGAUGGAAUUUGUUGAGUCUUCUUCCUCUAUGAAUUUUGGGAGUUUAUAGAGUUGCAUUUUUGCAUGACUGUAUAAUUAUUUAUUUUGCUACAUUUUGUAGUUCAUAAUACAUUAUGGUGCAGAUUAUCUAUUUAUCAUGAUUUUGAAGAGUUUUAUUUAUUAUAUGACAGAAUACCUGACUAUUUUGAAGUCUAAUGUACCUUUUAGAGUUAAUUAUACCUGAUUGUUGUAAAAUGAAUGUAUGUACAUGUACCUACAUGUACUUUCAUCUCAUUGAUUUCAUAUAAAACAUUCAUUCACAAUC